UUUCUUUCACCGCUCGCACUCCGAGUGAAUAACUCGAGUCAAUCAGUCGGCAAAUCGGAACCUUCGACCCACUCUGACAAACCGCCCUUGCCCAGGGUUGUCCGAGGCCGCCGCCAUGCCAUAAAAGAACAGAAAAGCGCUCUUCUCUCAAGGCUGAAGAUGUCCAUCGACUCUGCGAAAACAAUUCUUGUUAUCGGCGCCACCUCUGGCAUUGGACGCGCUCUGGCUCUUCCGUUGGCAGCACUCCCCAGCAAACCCACUGUCAUUGCGGCGGGAAGACGGCAAGAGCGGCUCGACGAACUCGCUUCCCAGGGCCUCGAAGCGGUCCAACUCGAUGUCGCUGCUUCACGGGAGGUCCUCCAGAAGAACGUGGCUGAUAUUCUCGCCAAAUACCCCAAUCUGGAUGCUAUCAUCCUCGCGUCGGGCAUUCAAUACCAGCACAACUUCAAGAGCGGCAUCAACCUCGAUGAGAUUCACCAAGAGUUCACGGUCAACUACUUCUCCAUCGUCACCCUUGUCUCGCUGUUCAUUCCCCACUUCCUCGCACUCAGUGAAAAGGGCCUUCCCUCCUGGAUCUCCCCCAUCACCUCCGGUCUCGCGCUAAUGCCCGCGCCCCAGGUAAUCAACUACUCCGCUUCCAAAGCGGCGCUCCACAGCUUCUCCGAGUCGCUGCGUGUGCAACUGGCCGACACCAAAAUCAACGUGUUGGAGAUCAUACCUCCUCUCGUCGAAUCAGAGCUUCACGACGCACAAGGAACAACGGAAGCUCUCUCCAAAUUCUGGAUGCCUCUCGACGAAUACACGAGCAAGACACUCGACGGUCUCCGAAAAGGUGACAAGCACAUAGCAGUUGGUACAGCGGGCAAGGUGUGGGACAAGGUUCAGAGUAGCGGUCUCGAUGGUCCCUACAAAGUCUGA